UCGCAGCAAUUAGGGUUUCGAUUUUCUCCAGAGAAUUGAAGAGCAAUGAGACCAGUUUUUUGUGGAAAUUUCGAGUAUGAUGCUCGGCAGUCUGAUCUGGAGAGACUCUUCAGAAGAUAUGGGAAAGUCGACAGGGUUGAUAUGAAGUCUGGUAAGUCUGAGGUGUUUAGUUUUUACUUUUUGUUGCCAAAGUAUUAGAUUUUAGCCAAUGAAAUUCUUUUUUAUAAACCUAUUUCAUUAAUAACCCUUCAUCUCUACACAUUUAAGGUUCUCUGAUGGUCAUCCAAGGUUCUCUUAAAGCAUAGUAUAAUUUUUGGCAUGAUCUUAUUAGCUCUAGGCAGGUUUAAAAUUAGAAGUCAAUUUUCUUUUUGGCUUUGUGAAAUCAGUGGAGGUGAUCUAUGUCUAAAAGUAGCUUCCUUUUCUGUUUAAAUGUAAUUAAAGUUGGUGUCUACUUAUAUGCUAAUGCUAUUAAUCCACAAGGAUAGUAGAAUACUACUAGUCAUUUGCACUGUGUUUUGGAGAAGCAAAUGUAUCCACAAGGGCUUGGGUUUGCUUUAACAUAUCACUUCCAUGCGAUUUCUUUUCCUCUGAGGAGUAUAAAUGCUGGAAUGUUAUGAUAUAAGAACUGCAGAGACUGACUAACGCCAGACAAAGAACUGAUAUGGUGAAAAAUUGCCUCGUUUAGCAAUUACGUUGAUAUUUUCAUGACUAGUGACAGAGUGAUGGUAGGGUAAGUUUCUUAUAUUUACAAGGUUUUGUACCUGUUUUUUGUAGUUACAUAGUAGAGUAUAUCAGUUAUGAGCUCAUUUGUAUAGUAUACAUAUAUAUAGGUAAGUGUUCAUAUUCGUCAAUAAAAUAUAGUAGAGAUCAGUAAUCAUCUUUUGACAAGACAAAUGGAGUGGAAGAAGGCUGUGGUUACUAGGCACUGGGAGGUCUCUGUGCUCAUUGAAGUGACUUCAGUUCAAUACCAUGUGAACUUGCACGUGGGCGACAAAAGUGAUGCUUUGUUGCCUUACAGGCUGUUGGGAUGUUUUAAAAUAAGCAAAAUAUAUCUUUUCUAAGUCUGAGAACCUCCCCCCCCCCCAAUAUUCAACUGAUUUUUUGGCGCAGGAUCUCAUUGCAAUAUCGAUACAUUUCCCAGCUGAUGGAAGGGUUUCCUCUGCAUUUCAUUUCCUGACAGUGACAAGCAUCCUCUUCUAAUUUCCUAGGAGAGCUCUCUGAUCAUCCAUGACAUCACCAUCACGCAUUUUCAUGUGUCAUUCUUGACUUCAUUCCUCAUGACUUUAGCCCAACCUACAUUUUUCCACGUUACACGCAGACCUCGAAGUUGAGGCAGCUGAAUAAGUCAGAGAAGGCACACACUUUACCUUGUGCUGUAAUGGAACAUCCACCUUUGGAUAGUUGUUCAUUGACAUUGCUCACUUCGUUGGCUAAGGUCUGUUACUGAUUAAACUGGUCAAUAGUUUGGGUACCUAGGGCAGGUCUUUUCGUAAUGUUACCAGGCAACAUGGAAUGGGUUUGUCCAUCUAUGAUGGAUCAUAAGAUACGUCUGAAGAGGUUUUGCUUUUGUCUACAUGGAGGAUGAAAGGGAUGCUGAGGAUGCAAUUCGUUCACUUGACCGAAUUGAAUUUGGUAGGAAGGGUCGUCGACUUCGUGUUGAGUGGACCAAGCAAGAACGGAGUAGCAGGCGGCCAGAAAGCUCCAAAAAAACUUCAUCUAACACAAGACCCUCAAAGACCCUCUUUGUCAUAAACUUUGAUCCGUAUCAUACAAGAACAAGAGAUUUAGAAAGACAUUUUGAUCCUUACGGAAAAAUUUUGAAUAUAAGGGUGAGGAGAAAUUUUGCGUUUAUUCAGUUUGAAUCUCUGGAAGAUGCAUCAAAAGCUUUGGAUGCUACUAACAUGAGCAAAUUGUUGGAUCGUGUUAUUACGGUUGAAUUUGCUAUCAAGGAUGAUGAUGAUAGGCGAAACGGAAAUAGCCCUGACCGAGUUCGUGACAGAUCACCUAGGAGAGGCUAUGAUAGGGCAAGAUCUCAGAGUCCGUACAGGAGAGAGAGGGGCAGUCCUGAUUAUGGGCACAGUCGUGGCCGUAGCCCAAGCCCGUAUCGCAGAGAGCGAGCAAGUCCUGACUAUACUCGUGGGAGUAGCCAGAGCCCCAACAGGAAGGAAAGGGGGAGCCUCAAUAGGAAGGUAAGGAGGAGCCCCAUUAGGAAGGAAAGGGAUAGCUCAGAUAGGAAGGAAAGGGAGAGUCCUGAUAGGAAGGUAAGGGGGAGCCCCGAUAGGAAGGAAAGAGGGAGCCCCAAUAGGAAGGAAAGGGAACAUAGACGUGAUCAUGAGCGGAGUCCAAGUCCUGAGAAGGAGGAGGGAGAGACUACUGAUCACAACAAUGAACAAAGCUUAAGCCCUCAAAGAAAGAGGUCCAAUGGUGAUAUAAGCAGUGGCCUGAAUCCAGGAAAGAGUGAAAGUCCCGGGUAUGAUUGUGACCCCCGUGUAAGUCCUCAAGGAGAGAAAACUGAGAAGGCAUCUAUCCCUGAUGACUUUGCUCGCGAUAGAUCUCCAGCUUACAGUGAUGGAGAAAGCCCCCCGCCCGAUAGAUUUGGGAGCCAAUCACCCGGGGCAUGAGAAAAAUAUUGAUUGCCUCCAUCUGCAACUUUGAUUGUUCCAUAGAAGGUAUGCGCUAGAUACUGCAGCUCACCAGCCUUGCCAAUGACAUUUAUUAGCUAUAUCUCUCUUUUGUGUGCACAUUGCUUUGUUAUAUUCAACUUCUGCAUCUGGACUUAACAGAAUGUAACAUUUUGCUUCUAUUUUCUUCCACCAAGAUUCUCAAUGUUCCUAUGAUUUAUGCUAUGCGUGUGAUUCAUCGACUAA